AUGGAUUGUUCUGCCGUGAAUUCUGUUAAUGAUUUGAACUUUCUUUCUUUACGAGCCGAUUUAAAAUGGUUAGAACCUUGUUGUAAUAUUGAGGAACAUCUGGAAAAAGGUUUUUUGGUUGGUCAUUGCUUGAAAUUAAUUUUAAAUGAAGUUUGCCAGAGGUCCAAUGAUACUUUUAAUUUAAUUAAAUGUUCAAAAAUACUCUGCAGAUUCUCAGCAAUUUUGUGUGAAUUUUCUAUUUCAUUGCCUUCCCAUCAUUUUCAUCAGCUUGUGGAUUUUUGUUUUUACAUUUUGGAUUUUCCCUUUUGUGAUGCAAUUAAUUUUCAAGCUAUUUCAAUUCUUCAAAAUCUUUUGGAAAUUCAUAGGAAUUUUUGUUGUUGUAAAGAUGUUGUUAAUCCCACAAAACAAAUUUUAUGUUCAAAAAGAAUUUCUAUACCUUUUUGUGAUUUUUUAUUAAAUUUUGGUCACAGAGUUGUUGGAGAAUCUGAUAAUUCAAAAAAUUAUUCUUUUACCAAACAACGAGCUAUGUUAUUGAAUUGUUUACUUAAACUACAUCCUGACUUGAGACAACAAAUAUUUUCUGACGAUUUUUUAAUUAAAAUCUAUAAACAAAUGAGGAAUGAGCCUCCAACUGUUCAGCCCCGAUCUCGGCAGUCAAUGGAGAAUAAAUUGCUCCCUAAAUUAUUACGCUCUCCGGAGACGAGGAAUUGGUUUUUUGAUGAAUUUUCAAUGUUUAUUGAUUUUUCACGUUCUUCUGCUCACUCAAAACGUGCACUUUGUGUUUUACUUCGCUUGGCAAUUGUUCACUUAUAUGAAAUUCAAAAUGGUCAGACUAUUGACUGGAAAGAAUUAUCGGUAAGGCAUGUUGGCGAAGAACAAGCAGACAAGGAAAUGUUUGAUGCAUUAAUGGAUAAAGAUUUUGAGAAAUUUUUGGUUUCUGGUGCUAUGGAUUUAAAAACGCCGGCUAAACGUCAGGCAAUUUUUUGUCAAUUGGGAAAGCUUAUUUCGCGUAUUAGGGAACACUCCAAAUCUUUACUAAAAUUGCUACAAAAUAAUUCUGAAGCUAAUAUUCAACUUAAAAUUUACAAAGAGUUUUUGUUUUGGCUUUGUAAACUUGCUUUUGAAUUUAUAUCUGAUCCUGAUUGGCAUAAAAAAUUAGUGGAAAGUUUAACUUUGGAUUCGAAUAUAGAAAUAAAUGUUGGGGAUGAACUUUCCGAAUUUAGUUUAACAAAUGGAAUCAAAGAUGAAAACACUGAAGAGAAUGAGAUUGAUGAUGAUUAUGAAGGAGAAGAAGAAAAUGAUGAAGAAAAUAGCACUCCUUUUGCUACAAGAAUAUCAGCUUUAACUCUUAUUUCGCUUAUUUUCAAUCCCUCUAUUUCUUUUGAAUCAGAUCCAUUUUCAACAUUUUUGGAUUUAAAACAUUGGAUUGGAAAGGAGGAACAACAAAAAUUAUUUUAUUCAUUAGAUGAUCAAUUUGAAGCUUGUCAGAAAAUUGCCUUGAAUUUGUUAAAUCAUUUUGAGACUAUUGGUUGGCUUCAACAAAAUUUUUAUUCACAAAUUUCUGACGAAGAGUGGUUAUUUUUAAGUGUGAGACCUAACAUGCCUCGACACCAACAAGCAAUUAAAUAUAGGCUCCAAUUUAUUCUUCCUCGAAUGGAGCUUAAAUCCCAAAUUAAUUUUAUCGAGACUUUAUUAACUUUGUCUGAAAAUAGUUGUUCUAAUGUAACACAGACAAGUAAAGGGAAAGAAAAUUAUUUUUUGGAAGGAUUUUUGGAUCCACCUCAAUUACAUGCUUUGAUUAAUGCUUUACACGUCUCCCUUCCAUUUGUCAAGUUUGGAAUUUUGGAUAAUGAUUUAUUAUUGAUAAAAAGAAUUUAUUCAUUAUGCCUUGAUGUUGAUAAAAUCAUCUCUCCCGUUGUUUAUUCAUUAUCUCCUGAGGGAUUUAUGCCUAGCAUGGAUGAUGCUUCUCUAUGUGUAAAAGAUUACAAUAUUUAUGCUCAACAACUAUCAAGAACUUGUUUUCGUGCACACAAAUCAAUUAGCGGAAUUAUUUCAUAUAUUUUCAUUCAAUACUUAACUUCACCAAUUUUUUCUUCACGUUUCUCAAAAAAUGAUUUUAAUUUUUUUCUUUCCCAAAUUGCUUUUUAUUUUUGGCAAAAAUUGACAGAAUGUAGACACCGUGGGGCUUUUGAAGCUGCUUCUAAUGAAUUUACUACUGUUGUAUGUCCUCGCCUUUGGGCACUCUGUGAUGAGGAAUCUCAAAUUGAAGGCUACGAUAAAACAACACUUUUUCCUUAUAGUCCAAGGCAAUGGUUAAAACAAAUUUUGGAUGCAUUAACUGGGAAGGAUGACAGUCAAAAACUUUGUGUUACAAGGAGAAGUGCUGGAUUGCCUCAUUUAAUCGCCUCACUUUUAGAAAAUGCUCCAAUAAAUGAUUUGAAUGAUGAACAUGGUUUAUUUCAUCAAACAAUGAGGCAGCUUUUGGCUUGCAGUGAACGUCAAAAUUCUGAAUUAGAAAUCCAUUGCAUUAACGUUCUCCGCCUUCUUUUCAUGCAUUCAAAAUUUGCAGAGCUUGUUCUUCCUCAUAUUGAAUGCGCAUUCCGUCUUACAAUUAAUGGAUCAUCUUCAGAAAUUUGGCAGGUUAGAAAUGCACACACUCAACUUUUUGCUGCUCUUAUUAAACGUAUUUUUGGAACACCAUCAGUAGAAAGACGAACUUUACACAUUGAAACCCGAUGUAAACAAACAUCAAAUGAAUUUUUUAAAAGGUAG